AUGGGAUUGGAUAUCCAAAAUUUUCAGGUCAAGUACCCACAAGCAAAAGAUGAGAUUAUCGAAUUGGAGAAGACGUUGAGAAGUGCAGUGAUGAAGGACAACCGGACGGUGAUAAUCACGAAUCUAAACGCAGCGUGGACGGAACCAAAUUCCGUCUUCGAUCUAUUUGUGGAGAGCUUCAAGAUCGGAAAUGGAACGGCGCACCUCUUGGAUCACUUAGUGGUCUACGCGUUCGACAAGACAGCGUACGAGCGUUGCAAGGCAACGACGCACCUCCACUGCUACGCUGUCACGACGGAGGGCGUAGACUUCUCCGGCGAGGCGUAUUUCAUGAGCGAGGAUUAUCUGAAGAUGACGUGGCGAAAGAUUGAGCUUCUGCGCACUGUUCUUGAAUUGGGAUACGACUUCAUUUACACGGAUGCAGAUGUGAUGUGGUUUAGAAAUCCAUUCAAAAAAUUCUACGCCGAUGGGGAUAUCGAGAUGUCGUGCGACCACUACAUCGCCAACUACAAUGAUGUGAGCAACACCGCGAAUACAGGGUUGACGUACGUGAAAUCCAACAACAGGACCAUCGAGUUAUACAAGUAUUGGUACAAUGCGCGGGAGUAUUUCCCAGGCAAACACGACCAAGACGUGUUGAACAUGAUAAAGGGAAACUUGUUAGUCCACCAAAUCGGGUUAGAGUUCCGUUUCUUGGAUACGGCCUACUUCGGGGGAUUCUGUGAACCCAACAAGGAUUUGGAUGAGGUGAUCACCAUGCAUGCCAAUUGCUGCAUAGGCAUUCAAAACAAGAUGCAUGAUCUUACCAUGAUCAUCCAUGAUUGGAAAAGGUAUAUGGAUUUGCCAUCUUCAAAUAGGAAUUCCACUACUACAUCUUGGACCAUUCCCAGAAUUUGUCACUACCAAAAAAAAUUUAAUUGCUUUAUACUAACUAUAUUAGACCAAGAUUGGGUAAUCAAUAUUGACAAGUUUACAUGA